GGGAGCGGUGGGAGGGGGAAGGCAGGGCCGAGGGAAGGUAAGGAGGGAAGGUAUUGACACGCGUCAAUCAACCCCACUCCGGUGGGCGCGCGCCCCUGCGUGGUGUUCGCGACGCUCGUAUGUAAAUGAGGGCGCGUGACGCGGGACGCAGAUGGAGUAGGGAAGAGAGGGAAUGGCCGCUGCCGCCGCCGUCGCCGCUCAGUGCCGGAGCCCUCGGUGCGCGGCGGAGAGGAGAGGAUUCCGGCGGGAACUCGACUCCUGGCGCCACCGCCUCAUGCACUGUGUAGGUUUUGAGAGUAUUUUAGAAGGGCUUUAUGGACCACGGCUACGAAGAGACCUCAGUUUAUUUGAAGACUGUGAACCAGAAGAACUGACUGACUGGUCUAUGGAUGAAAAAUGUUCAUUUUGUAACCUACAAAGAGAAGCAGUCAGUAGAGGAAGGGAGAGGGACAGAGAGCUAGAAACAUCGAUGAGAAAGAAACAUCGACCAGCUGCUUCCUGCACACCCCCCACCGGGGAUGUGCCCACAACCAAGGAUUGUAUACCAUCUCUUGAUUCUUCACAGCCAACCCCAACAGAGGAAUUAUCAUCUCAGGGCCAGUCCAACACUGAAAAGAUUGAAUGCCAAGCAGAAAAUUACCUAAAUGCACUCUUUCGAAAGAAAGGAAUGGAGAGGUGGAAGCAAAGCUUUGCAAAAGACCUUGUUGGAGAAGCUGAUGACGGCAGCUCGCUGGUCGAGUCCAUCUCUGGGCUGUGUGAGCCAGAGCUGGUCCCCAGUUACUGGAGAAGCAGGAAGAAGCCUCCACAGUACAGGCAGUUCACCUCUUCCGAUUGCUUCUAUUUUAAAAGAACGCCCACACCCAGGAAAUCCCUGGAAGGGAGCAUUCAAAGUCAUUCUCAAGGGCAGCUGACCACCUUUCAAAGGUGCAUGAUGUACAUCUUAAAAUAG